GAGAUCGUGAGGCAAGUCCAGGCUGCCCUGGAGGUUUCCAUGAAAGCGCAGAUAGACUCCCUGGGCACCACGCUCACGCAGACCUUCGCCACGCAUUUCGCGCAACUGUCCCAGGGGCUGGAGCGGAAGAUUGCCGAGCAGAACGCUGGCAUGACGGACAACAUCCUGACGCCGGUCAUGAUGAACAAUGUCACGCCGCAGUACCAUCGCAUCAGCCAGAGCUACUCCCUCACCUUCUCCAGCGAAGCCAUGGCGAAGGAGUUCACGGAGGUCUUCAACAACUCGGACAACCAGUGGAUGGACCCGCGAGAUGGAUCGAUGCACUACAUGAAAGCCAGAUCUGACCUGCCGAAAGACGUCAGGACCACACAGAGGGCGCUCAGCAAGGUAUGGGACCCCAUCAUCGAGCUCUUCGGAGCCAGCCCACGGUACACUGCAGGUUCGAAGCCCGUCAUCAACGGGUACAAGGGCACGAUUCACUGGUCAGAUGGAAAUGAUGUUUGGCCGCUGGUCAGCUGCUCGGACGUCAACCAUGCGUCGUUCACGUUCGACAUAGAUCAAGACACCGUCUCUUUCUUCUCCCUGGACACCGACAAGCUGAACAGGAUCAUGGAAGAUGUCCAGAACAAG